AUGGCCAAGAAGCGCGGCGAGAAGAGGCCACCGCCGCCGCCGCCGCCGGUGGCUGCCUCCUCUGACGAGACGCACUCGGGCGCAGACGAGUCCGAGGACGAAGAGACCAUCGCCUUGUCUCGUGCCCCUGCCCGCAAGAACCCGCCUCCGCCGCCGCAGAAGAGCGAGGAGUCCGAGACCUCUGAAGAGGAGGAGGAGGAGCCAUCCCACGCGGCCCCGAACACUGCCCCCAAGAAGCAGCCUCCGCCGGCGCGACAGAGUGAGGACUCCGACAGUUCCGACGAGGAGGAGGAUGGGGGUUCCGAAUCUGACAAAGAUGAGCCGCCGCCGAAGCCAUCUCCGAAGCAGGAGGCGAAGGCCCCGGAGGCCAAGAAGCCGCGCCUUGCUUUCCACCGCGUCUGGUCCACCAACGACGAGGUCCGUAUCCUCGAGGCCCUCGCCGCUCACCAAAAAGAGCACGGUGUGCUGCCGCAGCCCGACGCACUGGUCGAAGCCCUCGCCGGAAAGCUCGACAACCGUGCCUACAGCAGCAAGGAGCUCCAGGGGAAGGUCAAAAGCCUCAAGCAUCGGUAUGUGUCAGCCGCCAAGAAGUACGAGCUCCCGACCAAAGAACACGACCGCCGGCUCUUCGACCUGUCCAAGAUCCUCUGGAGCGGCCACAAGUACAGGUCCCGCGCUGCCACCGCUUCUACUGCUGCUCCCACCGCCAAGGCGAACGACCACGAGCCCAAGGGAUUUGAGGAGAUGUGUGAGUUGUACCCAUACCUCGCGGAGGAGGUGAAGAAGAUGGAGGCCUCGGGCAUGUUCAAGCGGGAGUUCGGAAAGAUGGACGACGACAAGGCACGCUUGCUGGACGAGAAGAUCAAGAAGCAGAGGGUACAACAGAUGAAGGUGGAGCUGCGCCGCAGCGACCUUGCCAGGGAGGUGACCAAGGCGAUAAUGGACCUGAUCGACUGA